AUGUCCGACAACAUGCCCUUCAUCAAGUCCAAUACUGAACAGACGCUGGACUUUGGAACCCUGGACGUCGAUACGAUACCUUCGGUGUGGCUUUUUACCGGACACAAAAUUCAGAUCGAGCAGGUCUAUGAGUUCAAAUCUCAGGCUCGAGCUAUCAUGUACUUCGAUCAUGUGGAUUAUGUCGAACGCAAGUCCUCCCGUGUUGUCUUGACCUUCGAUCAUGGGGAAUGGGUCCAACGCGAGUCCUCCCGCGGUGUCGUGACCAACGUCAUGGUGCACUUCAUUGCUCCCCUCGACCUCGUGGGCGCCGUCGUGGCGGCCGCCAGGCAGCUGCCUGGCUUCAAGAGCCUCUUCAUGCCCGAAAGAAAAGUCCUACCUCGCCAGAGGCCGAUCACGGAUCUGCCUUCUGCCACUUGGGUGUUAUGUCGCAAUUCGGCCUCGACCCACGUCCCAUCCUCGCGUGCUUUAAGCAAGGUCUCUUUCUACGAGAGGUUGUUCGGCCCUGACCCCGAAAAGGCCGCAGACAUUGCUGGCACCGGAAAUGAUUCGCGCAGUCGCGUGGCUGGCAACAAAGCUGAGACUGGAGCUGAUCUCCUCGGCCUGCCCCAUCAGCACCUCGUUUGA